AUGGCGGUGGCCAGGGCCCGGGUCCUGGGAGUCCAGUGGCUGCAAAGGGCAUCCCGGAACGUGAUGCCGCUGGGCGCACGGACAGCCUCCCACAUGACCAAGGACAUGUUCCCGGGGCCGUAUCCUAGGACCCCAGAAGAACGGGCCGCCGCCGCCAAGAAGUAUAAUAUGCGUGUGGAAGACUACGAACCUUACCCGGAUGAUGGCAUGGGGUAUGGCGACUACCCGAAGCUCCCUGACCGCUCACAGCAUGAGAGAGAUCCAUGGUAUAGCUGGGACCAGCCGGGCCUGAGGUUGAACUGGGGUGAACCGAUGCACUGGCACCUAGACAUGUACAACAGGAACCGUGUGGAUACAUCCCCCACACCUAUUUCUUGGCAUGUCAUGUGUAUGCAGCUCUUCGGUUUCCUGGCUUUCAUGAUAUUCAUGUGCUGGGUGGGGGACGUGUACCCUGUCUACCAGCCUGUGGGACCAAAGCAGUAUCCUUACAAUAAUCUGUACCUGGAACGAGGCGGUGAUCCCUCCAAAGAACCAGAGCGGGUGGUUCACUAUGAGAUCUGA